AUGUCCAAACCCAUUGAAGUUGAAGUGUGUAUUAUUGGUGGAGGAGUGUCUGGUCUUAAGGCAGCUCAUACUCUACUCAAUUACUCUGAAUCGAAAUAUUCCUCUAAAGAUUUGAUUUUGCUCGAAGCUCAAGAUAGGCUUGGAGGUAGAAUAUUUACCGAUCGGACGUCGUCAAAAUUGGGAUUAUCUUACGACUUAGGAGCAUCAUGGUUUCAUGAUUCCUUAAACAACGUUGUGUUGGAAGAAUCAAUUAAUGAUGGUAGUUUCAAUGUUAUGGAGGACGGCUACUAUGACGAUAAGGAUAUGAAAGUCUUCGCAUCUGAUAAAGACGGACCACUAGAUGUCAACGAUAUGAGACUCCAUAGAGUAGCCGAGGAUUUGGAAAAGUUUAUCGAGUUAUACUAUUUCGAUGAUUUGGACAAAAAAGACAUGCCGUUAUACAAAAUAGUUGGGAUGUUUAUGGAAAAGCAUUCUUCAAGAUUGACUACGGAGCAAAAGAAAUAUUGCAACACCAUGUUGAGAUAUCUCGAAUUAUGGUAUGGUAUUACGUGGGACAAAAUCAGUGCCAAGUAUUCAAUUAUGGACCACCAAGGCAGAAACCUAUUCAAUAAGAAGGGUUACGAUUUCGUGAUUAACAAAUUGUCUCGGGAUAUCCCAGAGGAUCGAAUUCUCCUUGCCCACCCUGUCACUAGUAUUAUUCGUAAUAAUAAGAACGGUGACAAAAAGGUAGCAGUAGAAUCGGCCAACGGGCCCACGGUUUAUUGUAAUUAUCUCAUAGUUACAGUCCCUCAGAGCAUAUUGUCAUUGAGCCCGCUGCAUAUCCAUGGGAUAACCUGGACGCCACCUCUUCCAUCUAACAUCACCAAUGCAUUAGAAAGUAUUCACUUCGGUGCAUUGGGAAAAGUCAUUUUCGAAUUUGACUCUUGCUGGUGGGAUAUCAAUGAAGACAGGUUUGAAAUACUUGCUGAUUCCACCGAUGAUAGUCUGCUCUCCGAGUCUUUAAAACUGCCUCCCAAAAGCUUUUCAUUCCCUGUAUUUGCAGUCAACUAUGCUGCCGUACAUAAGAACUCAACCAAGGGUGCUAGUCUUUGUAUUCUCACGCAAUCUCCACUAACUGACUACUUGGAGUCGCACCCAGAUCAAGCAUGGUCCUAUUUCAAACCCAUGUUGGCCAAGCUAAAAUUCAGCGAUCAUGAAGUAUCAGAUCCAAUCAACACUAUCACUUCUAACUGGACCAAUAAUCCAUAUGUAAGAGGCUCCUACAGUGCUGUUGAAUCGGGAGAUGAUCCAUUAGAUAUUAUCACCCAAUUAUCUGGUGAGCACGACUGUGGAUUGACAGACAAAAAUAUCCGUUUUGCAGGUGAACAUACUAUUCUGGAUGGAUCGGGGUGUGUACACGGAGCUUAUAUGAGUGGUCAAAGAGAAGCUAUAUGGAUCCUUAAGGAUUCUGGUGCUAUCAGUACUGCUGAAUAG